CUCGAUUACAAGCGCCAUUUUUGGCGAAAAAGUCACAUUUCAUAUGAAAAUAUGGCUGAAGAUGCUCCAUACAUCGUAUAUGUUGCUAAAUCAGAAGCUAAUGAUAGUGCUUUAGAGCACGAUAUUGCGGAUGAUGCAGAAGUAUACGCCGAUGAAGAAUAUCUUGACUUUUCACAAGAAGAUGGAAAUGAUUCUGAUGAUCCAGCAGAAUUACUCGACGAUGUGGAUAUGUUGGAUGAUCCCGGACCCUCAAUUUCAAUCAAGCAGGAGGGUGGUGUGAGCUCAACUUUACAGCUAACCACAUUCCGAUGGACUCACCAAGCAACCCUCCACCUCAUUGAAUCUUACCAAUCCUUCGAAACCUCCUUAGUAAGCGGGGAGAUGAGUAUCAGUCAAGCCUGGGACCAGGUUGCCAAGAACCUACAAACCCAGGGUCAUGCAAUCACACCGCAGCAGUGUAAAAACAAGUUCGGAAGUCUGAAACAGAUUUAUGAAAAGAUGAAGGAGCAGGAAAUUAACUCUGGUGUCUCGGUGAAGAGAUGGAUGUACAUGGAUCUGAUGGAGCCAAUUAUGAUGGAGAUGGAGAAAUAUAGAUCAUAUUCAAAUGAUGUAUGGGACUCACCGAAAUGCAAGGAUAUUAAUCAACUUAAUAUUAACACGGAUAAUCAAGAGCAAAAAAAGGCAGAUGGUAAACAAACCGCACAAAACAUAUACAAAUGGGAAAACCCAGACAUCCUCUCCCUAAUAGACCUGUACCGCAAAUACCAAGGAGCGCUCGACUCCGGGUCCAUAUCACAAAAAGUUCUCUUUAGACUCGUUCAGAAAGACAUGCAGAAAAAGGGUUUCAAUGUUACCGCCACACAAUGCAUGGUUAAGUUUCAUUCACUAAAGAAAACCUAUAAAAGCGUAAAAGAGUAUAAUCAGGUGAAUAGGUUGAUACCAAGGAGAUGGAGGUACUACGAUUUGAUAGAUUUGAUAAUACAUGGGACGCCUGACACGUCUAACUAUGAUUCUUUGGAGAUGUCGGAAACAUUGGCGGAAAUUAAAUCUGAAGAAGCUAUGCCUUCCCAUAUCUUUAAAUGGAGUCGAAGAUCCAUAGAGAUACUAGUCAGCGCAUAUCGGGAAUACCGACCGCCUCUACACGACACCAAAGCUACUCGGCAGAAAGUUUGGCAAAUCGUUGUUCAGAAACUUCGCAAAGGAGGUUACAAUGUUUCCAUUGCUCAAUGCAGGAGUAAGAUAUCAGGGAUGCUAAAACUGUAUAGGAAAAAUAAGUCUGGAGCAGGAGGCAGGGCGUGGAACACGCGCGGUGGAUGGUAUUCCAAGCUUAUAGAGUCUCUAGUAGAGAAACCUAAAAUUUUACAAAGAGACGCUUCUAAAAGACUGUCUGAGACGCCUCGAAUGCCGAAAAAUGUAUUAGAACAGCUGAUUAUUUGCGAAGAGAACAGGGAAAGGCGACAUCUUGAAAAUAUGGAGCAGAGGCAACAGUUGAUAGAUAUAAUGGGACAAUUGUUAGAAAGGCUGUGUUGACUAACUAAAAUGCUUGUUAA